AUGGAGCGUACCUCACCCGCUGCGGAACCUUCGAACAAGGCCAUAGGUGCCGCUGCGCUUACUGCGGACCGUGCCGCUCGCGCCGAGGUUCGAGCCUCGAGACCUGAUCCCACUACCGCUACCAAUGCCGAUGACCGGCGCCUCGCCACGGCCACUUCGAGCACACCGCACGCGCACACACGCCGUCAUCCGGAUACAGCCAUGGCGUUGACGUUUCCAAGCGCUCGUGGACCCGAGCAUAGGUCCAUGGACGCGCCCCCGACAUCGGCCAAGCCCCGCUCUGGCUCCAGCUAUUUUGAGCGGUACCCCGAGAGGAAGGCGCAGGGGCCGUACACGCCCAGGUCGACCCUCCUUCCGACGGCGGGAAGACGAUCGUCGCCCAACGCGGAUGCCGAAACGGGAGGUCCAUCACCCCCGCUGAAGGACACAGUCCGCUUCCCUACGAGGACACACGAGGAUGCCUCGCUCCAAACGCCACCUGCGGCCGGGCCAUCGCGAUCCCGACCACCUCCGCCUCGGGCCCAGCAGCGAUCAUCGCCCGGGGAUCGCAAAAGGGUCGAAGCGUCGGCACAGCCACCGGUCGGACCCGAAAAAGGCGCGCCCGUGCUUGCGACGGUGCCAGCAGCCACUGCAGGCUUCGCCAGCCUCGCCAAGCGGAUGCCGGCCGGACAAGAGGUCUCGAGCACGUACGCAGCGUCGUCGGCCGCCCUGGGCAAGUCCCGGGCGAAGCCGGACCGCUUGAGAAUAAAGGCCGAGACAGUGCCUUCGAUCGACGACAUCAUCCGGAGGAAUGCCGAUGCGCUGAAAGCCUCCCAGCCGAGCCGGUCGCCGUCGAUGCCGCGCUCGGCGCCAAGCGGCGGGACAGGCAUGACCCGCCAGACCACGCCGGGCGAGGUUCGCUUUCCUAGCUACGACUGGCGGAAACCUGCCUCUGCUCCGAGUGCACCGGCACGCAACGGCGUCGAGAUCUGUGUCCACUCAAACGCGUCCGAGUCGUCGCUCGACUCGGUCGAGCAGGAGAUCUGGGAAGGGAUGAGGAGGUACGGCGCCAUCGACCCGACAUCGGACGGUGCCGACCCUGGCUCGCGGCGACGGUCUUUUUCAGAAGGAGUUCGCGGUGCUGGCCCUGGCGAUGCGAGCGCCCCCUUCGCGCAGGUCCGGGCGUUCCAAAGUCUUGCCCAGCUCCACGUCUCACCAGUCGACGAGGCGGCACCGCCCCUGCCCGGAUCGACGACGUUGGGUCAGGGGCUGCAAGAGCCUUUUGUCGAAUCGAGGACCCAGAGCAAGCCACGGGCCGGGGCAAAGUCGAGCCUGACGGAUCGCUUCAAGCCAGCAGACGGCGGCUCCCUGACCGAGAGCAUGUCGAUCCACAGCGGCCCGGGGCGUCCCUACCGGGUCUCUUACGCCGACGUCGGGGCGAGGGCGGGCAGUCCCGUGUUUGUGUUCCUCGGACUCGGCGCGGUACGGCACCUGGUCGGCCUCUACGACGAGCUGGCUGCGGCCCUUGGCCUGCGGCUCAUCUGCAUCGACCGCUGGGGGCUGGGACGCAGCGACGACGUGCCCAUGGAGCGGCGAAGCAUCCUUGCGUGGAGCGCGGUGGUCAACGAGGUCGCGGACCGCCUCGGCCUCGCCCGCUUCUCGCUCCUCGCCCACAGUGCAGGCGCGCCCUAUGCCAUGGCCACAGCUCUGGUCUUUGGCGAGCGUCUGGUCGGGCCGGUCCACCUGCUCAGCCCGUUUACGGGCGCCAGUGCCGAGAGUGGGUACCGCUGGUUGCGAUACGUGCCGGACGGCGUGAUCCGGACGGCCCAGGUGGCGGACUGGAAGCUGCAGGGAUGGAAGCUGGCCAAGGCGGCCAACGGCGUCUCGCACGACACGCCCAAGUCGACGCGGGCAUCCGAGACGUCUGCCGCAGGGACGCCAGCCAGCUUCGUCUCGUGCCAGACGGACUGGAAUGCCUUUUCGCCGGCACGCGGCGAAGGAGCCACUGCGAUGCGGCGGACCGAGUCCGACUCAUCCCACGCUGGAGCGGCGGCGGCGUCCGGACUCGUUGCCUUGCCCUCGAGCACGAGCACCACCACGCUCGGACCCUCGCCCACCUCGACGCCGUCAGGCCAAGCAGGGACGAGCGCGGCAGCCACUGGCCCAACCCUCAACAAGAAGGCCUCGUUUUCCUUCCUCGGCGGCCUGUUGGGCGCACGGCAGGCCCAGUCCGAGUCGUCCUCGCCUACGUCCGAUGCGGCACCGGCGACGGACGGGUCCGGUGCGGCGGCGUACCGCGGCAGGCCGGGCCGGCAUCGUUACUCGCUGUCCCGCUCGGUCUCGAUCAGCUCGACGACGCCGUCGUGCGCAUCGCAGGAGAAGCUGACAAUCGACGAGCGGUGCGAGUGGCUCGAACGGUCGCCGUCGGAUGGUGGUCAGCGACUGCGCAAGCCCGUCGCGGAGCUUCCCCACUCGAGGUCGACCGGCACGCUCAGCAGCGAGGCCAGCCGGCGCCAGAGCCGUGCACCUUCGUCGAGCGGCGAUUCGGCGUCGAUCUACAGCACGCCCGAGCGCGGCCUGGUCAUCGAACCCGACGCCGGGCUGGGGGUUGCGCUGCUGCGCGCAUCGCACUCCGAGAGCCAGCGCGGCUCCGCCUCGGACCUCUCGCUCGUGCUGGGCAAGAAGCCAUGGGGUUUCGACUUCACGGACGUCCGGCACCCGUGCCGCAUCUGGCACGGGUCGAGGGACGAGAGGGUGAGCCUCGCCAGCGCGAAAUGGAUGGAGCGCUCCCUCGACGACUGCCGCCUCCACGUCGUCGAGGGCGCCGGCCACAACCUCAUGACCAACACGGCCGUCAUCUUUGAGGUCCUCGAGAGCAUCAAGUCGUUUGCCACGCCGUCGUCGGUCGCCACCACCGCCGCAGCCGCCGGCUGA